CAUAGCUAGUUGUUGUUCCACUGAUUUGAGUAUGCGUUGACUUCAUUUCUUAGUUCUUACUACCACUCUCAGUUUCUUGAAGAAGAAAAAAUAUAGCAAUUUAUGGUUAUCAAUCACUGCCUUUCCUGCUUCAAUCUGAGUAACUACAUCUUGAACGUUUCAGCUCUGUUUCUCCAAUGUCUUUAAAUGCUUGAUGCUUUAUUGAGACCACCACUCUCUUGUUCGAGUUACCACAUGAAGGAUUAGUUGCUCUUGGUAGUUUACUCACUUGGACACAUGUCGAAUGUAUAUUGUUAAUGUUGAAUUAUUAGUUCAUAGUGGUACUGUUUCAAACUUUCAAUGAAUUAUAGUUAAGGAAGAAAAUAGAAUGUGGGUUGUUUUAUGCUCGUGUUACCUAUUUUUUGAGAUGUAUACUGUCUCUGACUCUAUGUUACAGGAGACAGCUAUUGAAUUGGUAGAUAUUGGUGAUGAUGGUGUUGUGCAAUCUAUUUGCGAGCAGUCAGUAUUCGGUGUGAUAAAAGACAUGGCUAUUCUACCCUGGAAUAGGAACUUUCGUGCGCAAAAGUCACAGGUGGUGGGAAAAGACCUGUUGGUUGUUAUUUCCGAUUCUGGAAAGCUUUCCUUUCUCACAUUUUGCAAUGAAAUGCACAGGUUCUUUCCAGUUACUCAUGUUCAACUUUCAAAUCCUGGCAACUCAAGACAUCAGAUUGGUAGAAUGCUUGCUACUGUUGAUUCCCUGUAAGUGUGUGUUUUGGAGCUAUUGCAAUGUGAUUUGCUUACCUUUUCAGCGCCAUUCUUGGUUACUUGGUUUGGCCGAUGCUUUACCGUGAUGCUAGAUUAAGGUGCCUUAUCAAUAGUUAGCACCUUGCUUUAUCCUUCAUUGGAUUGUUUAGAUUAGUGUGAUGGAAUUGGAUUUUAUUCUUGAGUACCACUCAGUUAUUAUUGGACGGUAAAUUAUUUUAUGCUCGUGUUACCUAUUUUUUGAGAUAUAUUACAUGUGCUAAUUAAUAUUUUGGUGUUAUUUUUCAUCUUUUGAAGGUACUCGAAAAUAAUAAUAAAAGUCCAACAGAUCAAGAACAAGAGGACACUACUUGAGGCUUCAAAUUGGCUACCAUCAUUGUUUUCCUAGAUCUUAGUAUUAAUUAGUUAGUUUUGUAAGGCUACAAUUACAUUUUUAGUGUGUUUUAAUUUUGUGAUAUUUUUAGUAACAUAUUAGUUAUGAAGUAUUAUUGAUGAA